UACUUGUUCUCUAUAUCUAUAUCAUUUAAUGUUAAUGGAAGGACUUAUGAAGGAGAGAGGACUCAAAAAAUACCACCAGGUGCCACUUUAACUCCUACUGUAGUAUCAAGUACUUCAGUGGUAUCAACUGUAAUGCAGCCAUCAACUUUAAGGCAGACAUCAACUGUAAUGCAGACUUCAACUGCAAUUGUAACUUCAAGUACUCCAGUGACUACUAGUACUGCCAGUUCUAAUCCACCUGAGAGUAGUGCUGGUGGUAGCUCAGGUGGUGCUAUAGCAGCAGGAAUAAUAAUACCAUUACUAUUAGUAAUAGGAUUAGUCAUUGUUAUCAUUGUAGUAGUAGUUGUUUGGAGGAAAAAGAAAGGUAAAGACGAAGUUGUUUAUUAUAACACACGAACUAAACAAGCAGCACCAGAAGCAGUAUCCUAUAGUGUUGAUCAAGUUGGACAAUAUGAAGAAGUUAAACUGGAAACAAGACAUGGCCCUCCUCCUCCUCCAGCUCCUUUCAAAGCUGCUACACCUCCAGUGAUAGAAGAGUUCCCUAGUAAUAUGACAACUGAGGAAGGUCGUGAGGUUCUUUUUAAAGUUAAAGUUAAAGAAACUUCAAAACCAUCUUUUAAUUGGUAUCAUAAUGGAGAACCAGUGACUGAUGAUUAUGCUCAUGAGCUGAGAGGAGAUGGUAGUCUACUGCUACUGAGUGUUGAGGAAAAACAUAAAGGAACAUAUCGUUUUGUUGCUAAUAAUGAUGCUGGAACAGUUAGUCAACAAGUUGUACUCACAGUUGCAGUGGAGGGAAGUGAUGAGAGCAGAUUGUUACAUGGUGACUCAUCCAGUGCUAAGAUUGGUAUGAUUCCUGUUGAUAAAUUUGGAGAAUUUGUUGCUAACGGACACGCUAAAGGAAACGAAGGAUUUAGAAGCCAAUUUGGGACAUUGAACAGUGGUGAAAAUGAACACUCAGUAACAAUAGCUGUUACUCAAAGCAAUAAACCAUUGAAUCGUUUUGCAAACAUUGUCGUGUAUGAUGAUAAUCGUAUACUGCUCAACCAGAUACCAGGCAACAGGGACUGUCAGAAUGACUACGUUAAUGCCUGCUACAUUGAUGGCUAUUCCCAAGACUACAAGUACAUUGCAACACAAGGACCAGUCACGAAAACACUGGUUGACUUUUGGAGGCUAAUUUGGCAGGAGAAGCCACCUGUUAUUGUAAUGGUUACUAAUGUGAAGGAAGAGAAGAAGAUUAAGUGUCAUCAGUACUGGCCUGAGAGUGGUAGCACGAGUUAUGGGCCAUUUAGAAUUGAAUUGACUAAAGACCAAGCACUAUCAGAUUAUACCAUCAGGGAAAUGCAUUUGACUUUAUUGGGUUCAGAUCAACCUCCAUUGCUGAUCACGCAAUAUCAUUUCACAUCAUGGCCUGAUCAUGGAGUACCUGAAUAUGCAACAUCAAUACUUCAGUUUCACCGUAGAAUUAAGAAUGAAUACAAACCUACCAAAGGACCAAUGCUAGUACACUGCAGUGCUGGUGUAGGUAGGACUGGUACAUUCAUGGCUAUAGACAUGGGACUACAACAGGCAGAGAAGGAAGGAGGGAUUGAUAUUAUAAGUAUUAUCAAUAAAAUGAGACAACAGAGGAUGAAGAUGGUUCAGACAGCAGAUCAGUAUAUAUUUGUGAAUGAUGCUGUACUUGAGUCAGUGACAUGUGGUAAUACACAGGUUGAUAGUAGAAAUGCUCGUAUUGUAUUCAACAGGAUGAGUAAACCUGAUACUAAAACUGGUCGAACUGGUUUCAUUGAUCAAUUUACAGUAUUGGAGCAGGUAACACAAAGACCAGAUGAAGUGACACAUAAUAUUGCAUCACAGAAUAAUGACAAGAACAGAUCAACUCAAUUCCUGCCACGUGAUAAUUACAGAGUACCCCUUAAAGGAGAACAUCCAGAUUACAUCAAUGCAGUUUUCAUUAAUGGUUACAAAGAAAAGAAAGCAUUCAUAAUUGCAGAGAGUCCAAUGUUUAAUACAGCUAGAAACUUCUGGAAGAUGAUUGAUGAUAGAAAUGUGACUGCUAUUGUAAUGCUAUGCCAUGAAAAGGAAAUUGAUCAAGAGGUUUGCUACCAGUACUGGCCUUCAACUCCAAGUGGAUUAGUAAUUGGAGAAUAUGCUAUUAUGCUAUCAAGUGAAGAGAUAUAUAAUGGAUAUAUUGAAAGAAAAUUAGAAGUUAAAAAUACUAAUACUGGUUCUACUCAAAGUGUAAUGCAGUAUCAGAUAACAAAUUGGGUUUCAACGAGAAAAAUGGCUAAACCUCAGACUAUACUAUCAGUAAUAGAAGAAAUGUAUAAGACACAAAGAAGAAGAGGAAACACAAGCAUUGUAGUACACUGCAGUGAUACAGUUGGUCGUUCAGCAAUGUUUUGUGCAGCUGCUACAACAAUUAAUAAAUGUAAAACUGAAGGAGUCAUUGAUGUAUUUCAAGUACUCAAAAGUCAACGUAUUCAAAAACCAGGCAGUGUACAGACUGUUCAACAAUAUCAAGGGAUAUUUCAGAUUGUACUGACCUACUUGGAUUCAUUUGAGACAUAUUCAAAUUUCACUACUUAAGAAGUAUUGGAAUAAGAAAUUGACAUGUUUUUAUUUUACCGUAUUUUUGGUUUUAUUUUUGUGAUUUUUAAAAUGCUAAUGCUUUGAAUUUUUACUUUUAUUUUAAUCAGCAUAAAUAUAUUUUGUACUGACUAGUCUAUAUUUGAAUAAAUUUAAUAUGAAUGUA